AUGGAAGUCAAUUUGACGAUAGAGCACUGCCCGUACAAGAUGGUAAAUGUUGGAGGGAAGCCUCAGUUUGCGGUAAGGCAUUGUAGUAAGGCAGAACACUUCGCUGCGGAGGUGAUCUCAGCCUUGGUGCUGCCAAAGAUGAGGAAAGUAAUCAAACAGUAUUUGGGAGAAGAAGUACCGACGUACUUCACCAACUGCCGACACCAAGUUACGGUCGACGCAGAAAAAAUUGCAGGUAUAAAUAGGCUGCACAUCCUUAACAAAUUAGCAACAACCACUGAGGCCUACGGCCUGGAAAAGGAAAUCAAGAAGUAA